UAAUACUACACCCGCGGACCCGCCGCAGUGCUCUCCGUCCCGGCUCCAGCGUUUCCCCUUUUUUCCUCCUCAAAACAAACUGUCGCUCGCUCGCUCGCUCGGAUUAUCCGCUUCUCUCCAUUGUUUCGCUCUCGAUUCCCACCCGUGCCGUCCUCUGUGCGUGCCCCCCGAAACUCGGACUUUUCUUCCCAGUGAUAACAACCGUGUCGAGCUUCCGUGUCGCCUUCGAACUUGCCGAAUGUCCGGUGUUGUGACCAUGCGUCGGAUAAGGCUCAACGUCGUCUCCUCGAAUUUCCGGAAAAACAGUGCUUUGCAUCGCUUGAAGGGAAGGAAAUGAACACGAGCACCAGACGCCUCAGCGGAAAUCCAGCCAAAAAUUGUGCCCGGCAGCUUUUAUGACGCCUCAGUCGAAUAUUCACCGCGAAAAAAAAAUUCAAGUGCAAUAAAUAGAGUUUUUUAAAUGUUUUGUUAGUUUUUGUAAAAUCCAUGUUAUUAUUUUCUUUUUCUAACCGGUUAGCCGCGUAGUGAUUUUGGAUUUUCGGUCGAUUAUAUCUGUGAUCGGAAAAAUUCACCUGCUCGUGAUUUGAAUUGUGUUGCGGAAAAAUAUCGAUCAAUGUGCUGAUUCGGAGCGGAAACAUUAUCUGGUGUGUGUUGUGGAUGCGAAAGCAUGAAACUUUGAGUUGGCGCGGGGCAGGAAUUUCGUGUUGAAUGGUCGAUGAGGAAACGGAUCCAAGCUGACGUCAUCAUCAGCAUCCCCCUCAUUCAAUUUGAAUUUCAGUAAUCCCAACUCGAUGAGGUUCGAACAGGGCGAAGUGAUAUCAUGUAACGGGCCUCCGUCCCCCGUGGGAGCGCCCAAGACCAUCGAACCGGGUUCCAUCCCCGACAAAAGCAUGUCCUCUUUCCACCCCGCUACGGCCACGACGACUUCGAAUCUGUUCCGGCCGUCGACCGACUUCAGCGUGAGCAGCCUCCUGACCGGGAGCCCGGGGUCGGCGCACAGCAACCCGGGCCUCCCCCACAGCCCGUACCCCUUCCCGCCGCUCGGCUGCUUCCCCAAACUGCCCCCGCACCCCCCUGUGAGUGCCUACACGACGGCCGAAGAUGUGGUGCUCGCCGCCGCCGUGGCCCACCACGCGCACCCCAUGGUCCGCCCGCUCCGGGCCAUCCAGCCGGAGGACGACGGCAUCGUCGACGACCCCAAGGUCACCCUCGAGGGCAAAGACUUGUGGGAGAAGUUCCACAAGCUAGGAACCGAGAUGGUCAUCACCAAAUCUGGCAGGCGCAUGUUUCCUGCCUACAAAGUCAGAGUAAUGGGUCUUGACAAAAAAGCCAAAUACAUUCUCCUUAUGGACAUCGUGGCCGCAGACGACUGCCGCUAUAAAUUCCACAACAGUCGGUGGAUGGUGGCGGGAAAAGCGGACCCGGAAAUGCCUAAGCGGAUGUACAUCCACCCCGACUCGCCCUCGACGGGAGAGCAGUGGAUGCAAAAAGUAGUUUCCUUUCAUAAGCUCAAAUUAACCAAUAAUAUCUCAGAUAAACAUGGCUAUUUAUUUUCGACUAUUCUCAAUUCAAUGCACAAAUAUCAACCUAGGUUUCAUUUGGUACGAGCAAAUGAUAUUCUCAAAUUACCUUAUUCAACGUUCCGGACGUAUGUCUUCAAAGAGACGGAGUUCAUAGCAGUCACCGCUUACCAAAACGAAAAAAUUACGCAAUUAAAAAUUGAUAAUAACCCUUUUGCGAAAGGUUUCCGGGAUACUGGCGCAGGAAAGAGGGAGAAAAAACAAGCUCUUCUGGCAGCGCAAAAACAUGGAAGUAGUGAAGGAAAACGGUCGACCGAUCCCAAUCGAGGGGAUCCGGACGAUGACAAGCUUUUAGACGUCGUCGGUACCUCGGAUACCCCCUUACAUCCCCUUCAUCCUCACCAUACAGACUCACUGGUUGCCGAGGAAGCCAUGCGUCGCCGGUUAGCGUCAGUGCAAUAUCACCCUCUCCACCCGCUACCUCACCCCCUUCAGGCACCCCCCUCGGGGGCGUCGAUGCCCGGUCAAGACAUGGACAGCGAGCCGGAGAGCAGUUGUUCCGAGUCUGGACCCAGCUUCAGGCCCGCCGCCACCUCACCCUCCGAUAAGGACAGCGGCCAAGCUCCUGGACCUUCUGGUCACAAAUCGGGAGUGGACUACCCCUCGCCGAACAUCUCGGUGGGUCCGCCGAUCCACCCCUCGCCGCACCUGUUCCCGUACUUGUACCCGCACAACCUGUACCAGGGGGCGGGCGGGGGGCACCCGCUGCUGAGCCCCGGGCCGCCGCUCUCCUCGCUCUUCUCCUCGGCGGCGGCGGCGGCGGCCCACCCGAGCCUCCUGUUCAACGCCCAGCUGGCCCUGGCCGCCCAGCACCCGGCCCUAUUCAGCCACGCCGCCGCCGCCGCCUACGGCCUCUCGACGGCCCACCACCAGGCCACCGCCGCCCACCACCUCAAGGCCGCCAACAGCCACCGCUUCUCGCCGUACCCGCUCCCGCUCAGCCUCCCGCCCAGCACCCUCUCCUCCCUCUCGACCGGCUCGGCCUUCGAGACGGUGCAGCCCAAGUCCCGCGCCUCCUCCAGCCCGCCUCCAGUGCAAUCCUCCAAACACAAGUCGGCCUCCUCCUCGCCGCUCUCUACCGCCUCCCUCCUCCACUCGCCCAAGUCCACCUCCGGCGACUCCACCCCCGCCACGGCCGCCGCCAACUCCAGCGAGCUCAAGAGCAUCGAGAAGAUGGUCAACGGCCUCGAGUCCAGGCGCACCCCCGAUCUCUCCAACCCUAGUAAAAUCAGCCAAUCGGACAGCGCCGUCAAGUGAGACGAGCCCAGUAGGUAAUUCACCCUCAUCCCCCACAAAUUGUUCACAAAUUCCCAAGCUCAACUCCAUCCUCACCGAUCCAACGUAGAGCCCAACUUGUAUUAUUUACGUCACCGGACCUGCGCAAAGAAGAAUCAUAAAAACCUAGCCUAAUACCAAAGAACAAAGGCUUUAUUCUGCAGCCUUUUCCCUGGAAAUUUCGAAAUUCAAUCAAUAUGUGGCUACUUUUUUCUAUUUCUCGAAUGUGUUUAACUCUGGAGCAUACCUCCCCCUCCCCCAGAAAAUCCAAACACUAUGAGUGAUGAGUGACAUUCACUCCGUAAAAAGAGUUGAUUCCCCUCCGCACUUGUGUCACUUAUGUCAUUUCCGCCGUAAGAUUUGUGCCAAACUUCGGUAUUUCUACCAUCGUGCAAUAAAGUAUCCAAUACACAGUUUUUCAUGCGAUAAGGAAGAUUCACUUUUUUCUGCAGGUUCGGUUUCGUUCAUAAGAAACGCUGAUUGGCAUUUCUCUGUGAUGUUCAGAGCAAAAUUAUACAAAACAAAAAAAACGAGUGAAAUAUCCAGCAGAAACGGUGAACACGUUUCACUGUUUCUCUUUUUUUUUUCACUUCUCUUGCAUUCUCCUUUAUCGAGGAAAAAUUUGCGGUAACUGUAGGUUUACAGCUGCGUUUCAUUAAUGAUUGUGUUCCUAUCGCUUUUUGCGUUUAAAAUUAUGAUGAAGAGGUGAAAAACCGAUGGAGCAAGUUUUAGAUAAGUCUUUGCCCUCUAAAAGUUGUGAGAAAAAGUUCCUAAAUAAAUUUACUCGACUAUUUGAGUAAAUCAAGUUUGUGAUUCGAAAUUUUGUACGUGGCUUAAAAACCGUCGAGAACGAUUAGUAAAUGUCAUCUUUUCACUUUACUGUACUAUUUAGUUAAAUUAUAAUUCCUCAUCUCACGCGUGUAACAUUAUUCAAAACAAAGCCUUGAAAAUUUCGGAAAAUAAAGAACAGAGGCCCUUUCAUAAAAAAAUCAUAAAAAACUUCCUAGACUGACCAAUAUAGAAUCUGUUGAUUAUAACAGCAGAUGAUUAAAACAAAUUUUUCAAAGAAGAACAGGAGACAGUAAACGUUAGGGUUUUGUCUAAUUUUAGGAAUGCAAAGUGAACACUCAUAAUUUAAGAUAUUUCAACCAAAAUUUAAUUAAGUAUUUUAUUUGGUGCUUCAAGCUCAAUUUUCACACAAGUUGAGUUUUUAUACAUUUUGUACAGAUGUAUACUCAAUACUUCACAUGCUCUGAGGAGGUUAAAUAUCCAUCUAUGAAUCUUGCGCUAAGAAUGUAACAACGACGCAAUGAGAAAAAAAUUUACGUUCGUAAACCCGUGGGAAAGAAGGAACAAGUUUACAUCAAUUGGCCUCUGAAGCGCACCGAAAACACUAUUCCGAUUGAUUUACAUCGAUUAAGCUCAUAAAAUAUCAAACAGGUCCACCAUAAUGCUUCAUCAUCACUCGAACGUUCUGUGGUAGCUGGGAUGAUAGAGAGCCGUACGUGAGGGGAAAUGAAUGAAAGAAAGACGAUAGAAUUCAUCCCUCCUCUGUGAACUUUGGAGGGCUGCUUCAUCGUAAUCAUUCUGUCAACCGCCAGAGCGCAGCACCUUUUGGUUCACAAUCACACCCCUCACCAAUUCGCCGCUUAAUCUGGAUCUCUGUCUAUAUUCAGCUAUUUUUAUGCAUCAGCCAUAUUUUUCUGUGUUAACGUUUUGUCAUGGUUCCUCAACACUCGGCAUUAUGAUUAAAUUACGAUGCAUGGAAAGAAAAAUCUUUGUACUGUUAAUUAUAUGAUGAUGCACAAAAUUUCGGUAAACUCUUCGUGUUCAUUGUGCAAUGCGCCAGUUGAAUAGUCAUACAUAGUGAAUCAUCUUUCGAAAGUAACAUCAAUUGAGUUCUUUUUGUGCCUACUCUACAGGCAAAAAUAUUUCUAAUUUUGGUUUGCAUCGAUUGCUAUAUGGCGCAUAUCUUUCCGUUCCUUGCGAUCAAGCCCCUUUUCUUCUUUUAGCGCACUGGAUAACCAAUACAUGAAUUUACCGUCUUUGAUGUACAAUUGUAAGCCAUUUUGAUUUUCAAUCCGCAAUUUUUUUUUCAUCACGAAACGAUACAUGACUACACGACGCGUCCUCAAUGAGUUGAUGAAUCAAUUUUCUCCAAGAAUUUGCAUUCUUUUGCGGUAGAACAAUAACACGGGGACAUGACAUUCCGAUCUUUAAAUCUGACUCAUUUGCCACGGUGCAUACCGACAAUCGAAGACAUGUCGUUUCCACAACGCAAUCUUUUCCGUGACAGCUGCGGCUCAACCCUUGGGCCUUAGCAGGAGAAAAGACGACGUUUUCCAGCAGGCUCAGUUAUUUAAAAAACGCAAGCUUUAAAAUGUCGUGUUUUAUUGGCACCGUGACAAGGAGCGCAUGCUCAAUUAGCUGCUCUCCGGACUUAUCUCCUCUAUCUCUCUCUCGUAUCUUCAUCUCAAGGAGCUCAAAUAGGAGUAAAAGGAGGUGGCAAAGUGCAAUUUGUAUUCUGUUUGUUUAAGCUACCCUUUCCUCCUCCAAUAGCAGCACUGAAUCUUCCGAAGGUCAUACGAGUUUACUCUUGCAAAACAUCCACACAUUUCAAGAAAAAUAAUCGGAAUGAGUGACUUGAAAAGCUUGUAAAGAUUUUUCAUUUUAUUUCCUUAAAAUGGGUAACAUAUCGCCGUACUGCAAGAUUUUUUCGGUUCCCAAUUAUUACUCGAUUUUCACUUUGCGAGGAGAAAAUAUUCUAAAAAUACCAAAGAAUAUAUGAAUGGUGUACUUUUCAUACUUUUUGGUGCCGAACAUUGUAAAACGUAAUUUAUUUUAGUUGUAUGUUUAUUUAUUGGUUAAUUCUUUUACCUUAUUUUGCACUUGACGACUAACGAAAAAAAUGCAUGUAAAGUAACAGAUACGACUGAUAUUUAUUUUAAUGUAAGCCGGAAUCUCUCCCAAGAAAGAGGAGGGAAAUAAUAGUGCAAAACGUCACAAUCCUUGUCAGUAAUCGACAAAAUAUACAACGUGUACAUCCCUAUCAUUGAUGUCGAUUUGUCAUAAGCUGGUCAGGGCUAACUUGUUGCCAUUUUUCCCAAAAGAUCUCAAUUUGUCCUUGUUACGUCACACUUUAAAACAAUAACUGUUCUCGCCAAUUUUCACGGCGAUGGAAAACAAAUAUUGAAAUUUCUCCGAAAUUUUACCUUGAGAUGUUGAAAUUGCCUGACAAUGUCUUCAAAAGAUGUAGAGAGUUGGUUGAGGAACUGCUGGUUAGCUCAGUUCAAAUGGACUUGUUUGAAUGUAAUUCGUGCAAGUAAAUUGAGUGGGCCUUAUUGUCUUUCCUAUACAUUUGGACUACAUUUUACAAUUUGGAACUAUAAAUACUAGCCAGGUUUAAAAACAACGUAUGUGCCAUCAGUUUCCCUACGCACAUAAGUGUUUUUCCAGAAGAGGCAGGAUUUGUAGUUCCAUAUUGCAAAAUGCGGUCCAUUUGGCCCGCGCUUUUGAUUAGUACAAAGAUCUCAAUUAAUAUUGGAAAUGAAAUGUUUUAGAAUUCAUUGAAACUGCUUGAGAAUGGAUUUAUUUUAUCUUCUUUUUCAUUUAUUCGUUUCUCCCUGUCUAUGAUAUUGCUUCUUCUGAAAUACAAAAAAUGAAUUUCAACUUUCACUGAAGAGAACGCGGAUUUUUUCCUCUAAACAUCGUCUGUAAAUAACUUUGAUGCAAUAAUCGAUGUUCAGAACGUGUUUCAUACAAUUUGCAAGGAUUUUUUCCUCAAAUUUUCAAGCACCGUACAUUUCAUAAAAGCGAAUCAAAACUAAAUGACAGGAGAAAGAAUAAUCGAUAAAUUUGUGGUUUGGUGCUACUGAAGACUAUAAUAAUUAUGGCCUCUGGUAGUUGUUCUCCAUGCCUCUUUUCCAUUCUUGAGACAGAAUCAAGACAUGCAACCUGUACUAGUUGUUGUUGAGAGAUUGUUUUUGUAAAUGAAAGUCUGUAACUGUAUCAAAAUUGUUCCAUAAAAAUUACUUGUAGUGUAAAGAAAAACUGUGGAUGUUAAAUGUAAUUGAAAAUGUACAGACUGUAAAUAUUACUUGAAAGUUAGGCAUCAUCCAAUCUGUGUAACAUAGUGUAACUGUAAUAUAUGAAUUCCUUUUCCUCUUAA